GAUGCCAGACGAACGCGGGGCGGCCGCAGUGAGAACACAGAGCCGCCUGCAGGGCCUCGGCCCGGGCGCUUAGCCGAGGGUCCCCGACUUUCUCCACCGGAGGCAGCCCUACCGCGCCCCGCAGCCCAGCGCCUGCGGCCGAGGGUAGAAGUGUUCCAGGAGCGGCAGCGCCUUUCCGCCUCGCUCCCCCCGCCCUGGUCCCCGCUCCCGUCUGGGCGCCGGCCGGUGGGGCGCGCGAAGCCCCCUGCGAGCGGGCGCGGGGCGCGGGCCUCCCGCGGCGGCACAUGCCGCAGGCGCCCCGCCAGCCCCCCAGGCGCCCCGCCAGCUCGCCCACCGCCCCGGAGCCGCGCCGCGGCUGAGCGGGAGGACCCGCGCGCUCCGCUCCGCACCGGGAUGGCCCCGCUCCUGCUCUGGCUGGUGUCCUGCUGUGUCGGAGCCUUGGGGGCUUACACUGAGAUCAAGAAAGUGGCCGAGGAACAGGUCACUCUGCCCUGUCACCAUCAGCUGGGGCUGCAAGAAAAAGGCGCCCUGGACAUCGAGUGGCUGCUCACGGACAGCACAGGGAGCCAGAAGGCGGUCAUCACUUACUCCGGCCAUCAUGUCUACGAUAACCUGACUGAGGAACAGAAGGGCCGAGUGGCCUUUGCUUCCAAUUUCCUGGCAGGAGAUGCUUCCCUGCAGAUCGAGUCUCUGAAGCCCCGAGAUGAGGGCCUGUACACGUGCAAGGUGAAGAAUUCGGGCCACUACGUGUGGAGCCACGUCGUCUUAAAAGUCCUAGUGAGACCAUCAAAGCCCAAGUGUGAGCUGGAAGGGGAGCCGAGAGAAGGCAGGGACCUGGCCUUGCAGUGCGCGUCGUCCUCUGGCACUGAGCCCAUCGUGUAUCACUGGCAGCGAGUCCGGGAGAAGGAGGGGGAGGAGGAGCGUCUGCCUCCCAAAUCCAGGAUCGACCACAGCAACCCGGGCCGCGUGCUGCUGCAGAACGUCACGGCGGCCUCCUCGGGACUCUACCAGUGCACAGCGGGCAACGAGGCCGGGAAGGAGAGCUGCGUGGUGCGAGUCACGGUGCAGUAUGUGCAGAGCAUCGGCAUGGUGGCGGGAGCAGUGACAGGCAUGGUGGCCGGGGUCCUGUUGAUCCUCCUCUUGGUGUGGCUGCUAGUCCGAAGGAAAGACAAAAAGAGAUACGAGGAAGAAGAGAGACCUAAUGAAAUCCGAGAGGACGCCGAGGCCCCGAAAGCCCGCCUGGUGAAGCCUGGCUCGUCGUCUUCUGGCUCUCAGAGCUCGCGCUCCGGUUCCUCCUGCACGCGCUCCACCGCCAACAGCGCCCCCCGCAGCCAGCGGACACUGUCCCCGGAGGCCGCGCCCCCGCCCCCGCCGGGGCUGGCCCCCCGCACCUACAGACUAGUGGGGCCAGAGGCCAGAGGCUGUGAACCGAAGAGAGUGCACCCUGCUCCCCUGGCCAAAGCAGAGAGCACGGCCAGCAGGAUCCCCAGCCGGAGCCGGCCCCUCCAAACUGUCUAAAUCCCCGGGACUCUGACGCCCAGGCUUUCCCGGGAGUCAGGAUCUUAGGACUUUUCUAGUCACUAGCUCAGCCACCAGCCACACAGGCCCCUCGAUUCAGAGGAGAGGUCACUCUAGCGGGGAGGCGGCAUGGAGCAGGUUCAGUGCGCAUUCUCCGUAAAUGACACCGAACAAGGGGAGGGGUGUCAGCUGACCGCGUCCGGCAAGGCUUCGGACAGGAGUGGGGGGAGCGGGUCUAGAUCCGGGCAUCUGUGGACCAGACUGUGGUGAGAAAGGCUGAGAAAGGGGGAGGGAACCCAUGCGAAACUUCUCGCCUGAGAUGUUUUGUAUCAGUACUUCAGUUCACGAUUGUCAAGAAGUGAGGUGUUGUUCAUACAUUUUUUCUGCCUUUCUGCAAACCUACUGAAUUAUGUGAUUAUCCAGAGUCAAGCAGAACCCACAGCCUUAUACUACACCUUUCUGCACCAGGGACUGGGAUUGCCGCUUCUGAGAAACUCCAAACAGGAAAUGUCUCUUCUA